AUGUGCGAAAUUCUGCUCGACCACCAGACUCAACGGGGAUCUCUAGACGUUGGUACUGUUGUCGGAUGGUGUGAUGCGCGGCAACGGCAUGCCAUCGAUUACGCCGUUGCUGCCGAGCAUGCACGAACAACAGGGGUUUGGCUUCUCGCACGGGAGGACAACCCUCUUCAUCAACUCACCCGCCUCGACCGCGACUUUUUCGCACCUCUCCACCUUCUCUGCCGCGAAGGGAAGUACCGUGACGCUUUGUGCUUACUCGACAGUCUCGGUAACAACAACGGACACGGAGAUGCAUACACCUUAGCUCUCCAGUUGUGCUUUGUACGGUCACCAUCCCCACCAAUGCCAUUCAACACCGUCCAAACAUCACUCCGGCAUUACCUUGCAGAAUAUACCGAGCUACUUGUGUCCGGGGAACAUAAGCCUCAUUUGGAAGACGGCGAGGAGGCGCUUAUCUGUCUAGUCCAACGCCUCCUGGACCUGGGAGCCGAUCCUAGUACCGUCAUGCAUCGCGAAGGGUGGGUGGACUAUGCGUGGGGUCAGUCGGCUCUUCACCUAGCAGCCGGACGCGGGGAAGUUAAAGCACUAGCCACUAUGCUCGACUUUGGAGCACCUCUCGAGCGUUAUGUUAUACGCCCGAUGUUGUCGGGCCAUCCGAAUAACCAGACGCCCCUGGGUGCCGCCCUCCUGCCCCCGGACGGAUCACCCACCGUACAAGACUCCCGGAAAUACUUGGAGAUAACUCUGUCCCUUCUUGAACGGGGCGCCUCGCUUCAAAAGGCUCUCGGCCCUUGGCAACGGCCAGGCCCGAGGGUCGUCCUUUGGCCUCUCUUUUGCACCCACGAGCGCACUCGCAAACCCUGGUACAAUUCGGAUUCCUUUGACUUAUUUGAGCGAAUAUUGGCGCUGGCAGCGGCACAGCAUGGGAAGGAGCCCGAAGACUGGGCCGCGGAUGUCUUGUAUUUAUCCAUCAUGUGUGGACGACCGAACGGGAAUCUCUGUAAAUGGCUGGUUCAGCGUUUUGGUGUUGUGCCCUCUGAUUUCCCAUCCAAGUCUUUGGCACGGAUGUCUCCUGUCAACUAUGAGAAAAGGCAGUACAAUGAGCCGGGCAUGAUGGACUGGUUACUAGAAACUCUACCUGAGACUGCACUCAAUUACGAACUUAAAUCAGUCGAUCAGGUUAGGGGCCUAGCUGGUAUAUAUGCGGAUCGCUGGCAAUUCCACGCCGCCAAAGCUCUGGUCGAGCGAGGAUGGGUGGACAGGGUCCCCGUGAUCCAAGACGGCCAGGGACCGCAGGCUACGCAAUCUGACAUGGUGCUGUUUCGGAUUCGGUCCAUCCUUCACCCGCCUUGCGUAAGCCGACCUUGUUCGAAGACCGGCAACGACGGUGCUGUCGAGCUGGUCCGGGCCAUUCUGGCUCGGGCGGCGACACUGUCGGCUGGCGAUCGGGCCUGGGUCAUGACGUUGAGAGGGGUACCGGCGGUCAGCCGGUUGAUUCGGGUAGCCGCUCAUUCAGUUCCAAAACGUGGCCGUAAUGAGGCUAUGGAAAUGUUACGACUUCUUUUGAAGGAGCGUGCUGUUCCUCUCUACGGUGUACAAGGAAGAUUUCACGGCGAGUUUCCAACACACGGGUCCAGGCCUCUUGCUUCUGUUUACCCGGUUCCCGUUGCGGUAGAGUGUGGGGAUCCUGAGGUGCUGGAACUGAUCUUCAACGAGACACCGCCCGCAACAUCCGAGGAAAUUCAGGAUAUUUUAGCUAUGGCGCUCGACGCUAGCCCAGACUUGGCCAACCCAGUCAUUCUCCAGGUUAUUCUCGAACACCCCCUUACCAACCUCGCCGCCCUCAUCGUGAGGACGGACACUCCCAACAAUAAUGGCGUCAGCGGCGACAUACCGCCCCUCUAUUACCUCCUUAAAAGCUUCUACAACAGACGCAUCGCCCCUUGGCAGGGGCACGAAGGGCAACGGUCCGACCAUGCCUGCGAUUGUGGGUUUCUCGGCAGAGACAAGCGUCUCGUGCGAUGUGUCGCCUUGUUAGUCCAACACGGGGCUUCUUGGACACAGCCUAGUGAGCCGUCGGGCGAGACGGCUCUGGAUGUGCUUGCCGCGAUACUGGAUACUGAGGGCCACACCACGCGGAACGGGGACUUGGAUGUCUAUUUUCGCGACCUUCUUUCUAUUAGCAACAUGUGUGUGCUGAAGAAACAUGUAAUUUUGGACUGGAGGGGUGCUGACGCGGUCGGGAGGGUGCGCAGCGCGGGGUUUAAUCCCGUUGAGUUUGCUGAGCUCGAGGUCCCAGCGAGGUGGUGA